AGUAAUGCUAUUGUUUUCAUCUUUUUCUCAGAAUGCUCCACCCCCGAAUGCCCGACCUUUCUUCUCGUUCCCCUUCUUCACCCACAAAUUUCUAUUAAAAAAACUCUCUAAUUCGCGACCCGACCGAACUCCACUGGAUUUCUUGAAGCACUCGAUUUUCAGACACCCAUUUGGCCAGAUUUUUCAACACCGGAAUUGGAAUGGAAGAGGGAAGCAUAGAAUCGGGAUCAUUCUCCCGCUCUUCCUCUUUCGUAAGGUGGGUUCGAGGAAUGGUUGGCAUCGAUGAGGAAGCGCACCGGGAAGUUCUCCUCGUCAUCCCGGGGGCCGCAGCAGAAGCCGGGCAUUUUGGCUAUCGAAUCAACAAUCAGUUCUGAUGGACUAGAAGUUGGAGACUCUGAUAGUGAUGUAAUCGACUCUGACCCAUGUGAUCAGCUGCCAAAAACAAGUCUAUGGGACAGGCUUGGGAGGGUUUCUAUGAUGGACAUUGAGUCAAGUAACUUUAGCUGGAGCUCUCUUUCUUCAUUGCACCAUACAAAACAUAGCAACACAAGUAUGGAGCCCACUGAGGAUGAUACUAGCAGAAGUUUUGAGGUGACUGUAAAUUCUGGAGGAGUUGUAUUCAUUGCAUUAUUCAGAAUAUCUGAAAAGGAUGGACUUUCUUCCAAGGAAGCAGCUGCAGUCAUCAAGAUAGCAUCAUCAAGAAUGGCCACACAGUCAGAACGGUUCGGGUAUGAGCUUGGUAAAUGGCUUGGCGUGAGGACCCCUCAAGGCAGAGUGAUUCACAGCUCCUCGUGUGAAUGGCAACAAAUCAAGGAUGCAGUUGAGAAUGCUCGGUGUGCAGCAAUAGCUAUAGGUGAUGAACUUCAGGAGAUGAUUUGCAGUGAGAUGCAAGAAGCUCUUGAACUGAGCCGAUGCCUAUUCCUGAUGAAUUAUGUACAUGGCUCCCCUCUACUAGAGAGCAGAACACCAUUUAAUUCACGGGAGUUUGCUGAAAAAACUGCUGAAGCCUUAGGUAGGAUCUUGAUUCUGGACCUUGUGCUGAGAAAUGAAGAUAGGCUGAAGUGUAGGCCCCUUGGUUGGCGUGGAAACUAUGACAAUUUACUUGUUACUGACAAGGAAGCUUAUGCAAACCUUGAUUCAUUGGAUGAUGCUCAUGAUUCUGCCAUAAUCCGUUACAAGCCAGAGAUCAUCAGAAGCCCUCAGAAACAGAAGCAGAGAAGAUCUGUUUCGAUAAGUGGCAGUACCGGUUCAGAUAUCUCAGAUCUUGUGUUGGGGGACUCUUAUGAUCCUAGCGAGCCUGAGAUUUCCAGCUUUCGUAUUAUAGCCAUUGAUUCAGUUGUACCACGCAGACCGCCUGCCGGUAAACGGGCAAAAGAUCAAGAGAGCUAUCCAAGGCUGGUGGAACUAACACUAAACAACUGGUACUAUUCUUCCAACCUCCUGUUCGAGGUGUCCUUUGGAAAACUUGGUGUCCGUGGACCUGAAGAAUUUGACAUGUCAUCUGACUGUAACUAUCAUUCUCCUCUGUCUGAGAAUGAUAUGGUAGCAAUAGUUAAUUCCUUCCGAGAAGGUUUUCGCAGUGCUCUGAGGGACCUUCAAAGGUUUCACAUUUUCCUCCUCACACUUUAUCAGAAGCUGGAUGCUCUAUUGAAAAUUUUCUUCAAUCUUAUGUAUAAAGGUCUGAAUGAGUCUGACAAGGCAGAUGCAGGUCCUUCUGAUUCACCAUCAUGUUUAGUAGAGGCACAUACUGAUUCGAAUGGUGCUGAAGUUCCACGGCAUAUGCGUAGGCCUUCCCGUACCUUAUCACUGUCCCGGGAUAGUUUUGACUUAUCAUCUCCUGCCUGUCGUGAGAGCUUCAUGAUUAAAAAUUUCAAAGCAAAUGGUGACGCUUCCCGUGGUCUGAGGUUGACAAUGAAGCUCAGAGAAUUUAACAAGUAUACCAAGGUAGACAGUGAACUAAGCAAAGAAAUAGAACAGUGGAAUGACAUGCUUAGAACUGAUGUUGUGAAAUUGUGUCAAGACAACAGUUUUAAUACAGGUUUCUUUGAAGGGAUAGAUAAUAGCGUUGCUGUUGAUGCUUAUGAGUUGAAGGUUCGUCUUGAGCACCUUCUUGAGAGGAUAUCACUGAUUUCAGAUGCUGCAAGCACUGAACGUCCUUCUCAGAUCACAGAUUACAUGUAUAUUGGUGGUGCUCUAGCUGCACGGUCAACAUACACACUGCAGCACCUUGGCAUCACUCAUGUAUUGUGCUUGUGUGCAAAUGAAAUUGGACAGUCCGAAUCUCAAAAACCUUGCCUUUUUGACUACCGAAAUUUUUCAAUAAAUGAUGAUGAGAAUGCGGACAUCAGUGAUGUCUUCCAAGAUGCCUCUGAUUUCAUUGAUUUUGUUGAGCACUUGCACGGCAAAGUCCUAGUGCACUGUUUUGAAGGAAAAAGUCGGAGUGCAACUGUUGUUCUUGCUUACCUGAUGCUGAGAAAAAACCGCACUCUUCUAGAAGCAUGGAACAUGCUGAAGAAGGCGCACCGACGUGCGCACCCGAAUGAUGGCUUUGCUAAAGUCUUGCUGGAUCUUGACAAGAAGCUGCACGGGAGAAACUCCAUGGAAUGGCAGCAGAAGAGGCCUUCAAUGAAGGUGUGCCCCAUCUGUGGCAAGAACGCUGGGCUCAGCAGCAGCUCACUCAAGCUCCACCUGCAGAAGGCGCACAGGAAGAUAUCUUCGGGAAGCGUAGACUCGGCAAUGACCUUGGAGAUACAAAAGGCAAUAGAGGCAAUGAAGACUGGGUGAGACAAGGCACAGUCGCUCAUAGAAUGGUUCCAAUGCUACAUCUGAUGGUCUUGUCUUCUCAGAGCAAACUGCGUUAUACUUAUAUUACGUGAAUUUUGACUUAUGUACCACAUGAGUGCUGGGCAUUCAGCAUGAGUUAAAAGGACGUACUCCCUCCGGCCAAAAUUACUUAUCGAAAUAUUACAUGUAUCUAGACACCUUUUAAAUAUAGAUACAUCCAUAUUUGAGCAAAUUUGAGACAAGUAAUAUGGGUCGGAGGGAAUACCAAAGUUGUACUAAACCAGCGACACUUAUUAUGAAUCGGGGGGCACAAGUUUUGGUUGUCCUGCA